UGCAGCGGCAGGAUUCCGCGCGGUUGCUAUGAUCUUUUGGGGUCUGUUCGGCGAAUAGAGCAGCUGUCGGACAAUUUGCAGUCCGAGACCUCUGCUUGCCCCCGUGAUGAGCACCGAGUGACACUUUGAGAAGUUGAUCUUCAUCUUCAAGACGUGGUGGGGAGCACUCCAAGCGCGCUCUCUUAAAGUAUUUCACAACCAAAAGUCCAGCUGGAGGCGGGGUUAGUUUCAUAAGCGUUCAACCUCAAAACAUUAGCUAAUGCAUUAAAAAUGAGAGGGGAAGGUGACGCUGCUAAAUUUUCUUACUUUUGUAAUGGUUGUGUGAAAGUGCGUCGUUAAAUCAUCUUAAUAUAUUAUUUACAAAGCGAAUAUACAAAAAUAAAACAUAAUUAUGUGAAAUACAGAUGCACGCGCCCUCUCGCGGUGUUUAUGCGCGUGAGCUCAAAUCCCGUUAAGUUCGCGCUUUUCCACAGUAUCUGAAACGUCGAAAAACAUAUCCAAAACACUUAUACAAUUUUAGAUAAGUUAAUUUUGUUAAUUCAAGCGGUCAAAAUAUCCAUUACGCACUUAGGUAUCUGCGCCAUCUAGAGUAGGAGAAUGAAUGAGUUGGAGGACCAAGAGUACAGCUACAAAAGAGACCUAUCUGAAGGGUCUCUUGUUCCUUUACACCACACCCAUGAAAGUCCUAGAAUGGCAAAUCUCAUUAGUCAUGGGAUGCAUUCAGUACCGGGAUACUCCAGGAUGGAAGAAUCCCUGCGGGAGGACGACUACACCACUUACAGGAUUCUUCCACAGCUAACAUGCGAUCCUUUGCCUCCAGUAGCCCACUUCAGCUUAGCGUCCUAUCCUGAAUACUUACUGGCUCAGUCUAGCCAUUAUCAGCAUGUACUAGGCCAACCGUACAGCUCCUGGCCAUCCCAGGAGGCUUUUCAUUAUGGCAUGUCAUCAGGAGAGAUCUGUCGAGCUGUCACCAGUAUCAGCUCUGAUGGUGCAGAUGUUUACAGUCUGGAGGGGUAUUCUACAGAUCAAGGAUUCAGACAUCAUGAUAGAAAUCAGCCUCAUGCUCUUCUUAUGCCGUCUCAUGACCAGAAGCUUCCAGAUGAAACGUCCAAUAUUUGUCAGGUGUUACAGCCAGUGCAGGUUGUGUGUGAUGUGACUGGUGGAGGGCAGGUCGUCGUGCUGAACCAUUGCAGUCCCGAUCAGAUUCCUCACUCUCUGAUGAUGGAUCUCAACACAGUGUCUCUGCCAAAGCCAUCUGAGCAGAGCUGCUCUACUGAGGACUACUCACCCUCUGGAAAAGCAUCAGAUGCCGGACAUUCGGAGAAGAUCGCAUCCACUGGACUGCCUCAGACCCACAAGACAUCUGCAGGUGUCACAUUCAACCUCGCGCCAGGACCUUAUGCUUCACAGCUUCAUCAGGCACUUUGCCCUACUCAGAUUGUAGAUCUGGAAGAGGAAGGACAGACCAAAGGACGUAGACGUGUGAAGUGGGAAAAAUCUAAGCGACCCUGCAACUGCACAAAAUCUCAGUGUCUGAAACUUUAUUGUGAAUGUUUUGCGAACGGAGAUGUCUGCAACAACUGCAAAUGUUUAAACUGCUACAAUAAUACUGAACAUAACUUGGAGAGAUCCCAGGCUAUAAAGGCCUGUCUGGACAGGAAUCCAGGGGCUUUUCGGCCUAAGAUUGGCAGUAGGAAACAGGGGAAUGUGAAGGGAUGUCACACAAAGGGCUGCAACUGCAAGCGUUCAGGCUGCCUGAAGAACUACUGCGAGUGUUAUGAGGGUUUUGUUAUUCCUUUGGUCACUGAGGGUGUCUCUGUUGAUAGGAGUCCUCUGGUGUGCAUCACGCCCGAUGUAGUGGAAGCCACAUGCGGCUGUCUCCUCGCCCAGGCUGAAGAGGCAGAGAAGGAAGGGUACACUUCGGCUCACGCUGAGAGAAUGAUUUUGGAGGAGUUCGGCCAGUGCCUGACGCAGAUUGUCCGAUCAAUAUUCAAAUCCAGCAGCGUGCAAUUCAAUGAGUAGCUGGGGAACAAAUGCUCAGUGUUACGAUUGAUCCAGAUGUGCUUUGGUUACCAACAAGUGUUGUUUUCAUUUACUUCAACGUUAAGAGAUGCAGAUCGUCACGACUUUA